ACAAUGGUGGCCCAGCCACCACCUGGGCCCUGCCAGGCCCAGCGUCCUGUGGUCCCCACCCUGCUGCCUGCUCAGCCUGGCAGUGUUCCUUUGCAGCCUCCUGCCAGCACAGCCAGCCCCCUGCCCCCACUGGUGUCCAUGCCAGAGCAGCAUUCCGCAGGCGUGGCUGCCUCUCCCCAGCAGAGACUGAGCAGGGAGGCUGCUCAGCAGUGGGCAGGUCACACGGCUGAGGGACACAGUGGGGCCUGGGCCUCCGGCCCCCACUCCUCUAGUCUCGCCUUUUCCUGGCCCUGGGCCAGUCACCUUAAAGGAUUUGAUCACUGCAGCUGAGGUCCGGGUGCUUGCACCUCCUGCCCUGGGCGGCCCUGUGCAGCCAAAGGAGGCCACCAGCUAUGCGUCGACCAGAGCCACGUCCUGGAGGCAUAGAGCAAAAUGAGCCGUGGGCUGCCCUGAGGUAGCGGUGGGGAGCCGGGCUAGUUGGAGAUCCCAGACUCACCCUCAGGUAAGAACAGCCCAGGCCAGAGGGUGGGGUGGUGAGCGCGGCUAGGGUACGGGGCUCGGUCCCUCAGCGUGGGGUCGCUCAGGGGAGCAGGUGGAAGCCUUUUCUGCAGCUGGUUGGGAGGCAGGCGCGUCCAGCUUCCCGAUUUCAAGGCCGCACUCUACUCCGACUCCGCCUCUGUGGCGCAGCUGGAGGGCUCCGAGGUUAGACUCCUGGACGAACUUCCUGGCGGGAAGGGGGCUCAGCGCGGGAGAGUGAGGCCGGGGUCCAUCUGCUAGGGUGGGAGCAGUGGGGCCCGGCUGGGAGCCCCGGCGGCCCGAGGCAGAGCAGGCUGCACCGGGACGGCGCACGCCACGCGUGUCCGCGCCCCCCGCCGGCACGCAGGGCGGCCUGGCCCUUUAAGCGGCCAGACGACGGCCCCAGCUGACGCGAGGGCUCCAAUCGGCGCCCCGCGCCCCCCGCCCGCCGCGCCCGAGGCUCUGGGGCCGCAGCUGCUCGGCGGCUGGACUCGCCGCGGCCCUGCGCCUCCGCCCGCCGGCCGCGCCCCCGGGGGCCAUGGUCGCGGGGCCCUGCGCGGGGGCGGCCCCCAGCGCGGCGCUUCAUGGAGCGGCCCCGGCCCGGCCGCCGGGGGCAGCGCGAUCCCGCGGGGCCCUGUGAGCCCCCAGCGCCACGGCACCAUGUUGCUGGUUGAGAAGACAACCGACUCACCGGCGGCCGAGUUCUCGCUGGUGGAGGACGUGGCGCUGCACUUCGCCUGCUUGAUGGGCCGCCUGAACGAGCAGCGCCUCUUCCAGCCCGACCUCUGCGACGUGGACCUGGUGCUGGUGCCCCAGCGCAGCGUCUUCCCGGCACACAAGGGCGUGCUGGCUGCCUACAGCCAGUUCUUCCACUCGCUCUUCACCCAGAACAAGCAGCUGCAGCGUGUGGAGCUGUCCCUGGAGGCGCUGGCCCCCGGCGGCCUGCAGCAGAUCCUCAACUUCAUCUACACGUCCAAGCUGCUGGUCAACGCGGCCAACGUGCACGAGGUGCUCAGUGCCGCCUCGCUGCUGCAGAUGGCUGACAUCGCCGCAUCCUGCCAGGAGCUGCUGGACGCCCGCUCCCUUGGCCCACCAGGCCCUGGCGCUGUGGCCCUGGCCCAGCCAGCUGCCAGCUGCACCCCGGCCGCACCACCCUACUACUGCGACAUCAAGCAGGAGGCCGACGCCCCGGGCCUGCCCAAGAUCUACGCCCGCGAGGGCCCUGAUCCCUACUCGGUGCGUGUCGAGGACGGGGCAGGGGCCGAGGGUGGCACAGUGCCUGGCGCCAUUGGGCCAGCUCAGCCCUUCUUCAAGGAGGAGAAGGAGGGUGGUGUGGAGGAGGCAGGGGGACCCCCAGCCAGCUUGUGCAAGCUGGAGGGUGGGGAGGAGUUGGAGGAAGAGCUUGGGGGUUCUGGCACCUAUAGCCGCCGGGAGCAGUCGCAGAUCAUUGUGGAGGUGAACCUCAACAACCAGACACUGCACGUGUCUACGGGGCCCGAGGGGAAGCCAGGCACUGCCACAGGCCCGGCCACCAUGGUGCUGGGCCGGGAGGACGGGCUGCAGAGACAUUCAGAGGACGAGGAGGAGGACGAUGAGGAGGAGGAAGAGGAGGAGGAGGAAGAGGAAGAGGAGGGUGGUGGCAGUGGAGGGGAGGAGGAGGAAGAGGAGGAGGAAGAGGAGGGUGGCAGUCAGGGAGAGGAGGAAGACGAGGAGGAAGAAGGGCACAGUGAGCAGGAGGAGGAAGAGGAGGAGGAAGAGGAAGGGCACAGUGAGCAGGAUCAGGAGAGCUCGGAGGAGGAGGAGGGGGAGGAAGGAGAGGCGGGGAGCAGGCAGGGGCUGGUGGGACGCCGUGGCAGCCGGGCAGACCCCCCUCCCCACAGUCGCAUGGCCACGCGGUCCCGGGAGAAUGCUCAGCGCCGGGGCCCCCCUGAGCCUGAGGAGGCCGGGCGACGGGGUGGGAAGCGGCCAAAGCCACCCCCAGCGACCCCCGCACCAGCUGGAGGGCCGCAGGCCACUGACGGGCUGGGGGCCAAGGUGAAGCUGGAGGAGAAGCAGCACCACCCGUGCCAGAAGUGCCCGCGCGUUUUCAACAACCGCUGGUACCUGGAGAAGCACAUGAACGUGACCCACAGCCGCAUGCAGAUCUGCGACCAGUGCGGCAAGCGCUUCCUGCUGGAGAGCGAGCUGCUGCUGCACCGGCAGACAGACUGCGAGCGCAACAUCCAGUGCGUGACAUGUGGCAAAGCUUUUAAGAAGCUCUGGUCCCUCCAUGAGCACAACAAGAUCGUGCACGGCUAUGCGGAGAAGAAGUUCUCCUGUGAGAUCUGUGAGAAGAAGUUCUACACCAUGGCCCACGUGCGCAAGCACAUGGUUGCCCACACCAAGGACAUGCCCUUCACCUGCGAGACCUGCGGGAAGUCCUUCAAACGCAGCAUGUCUCUCAAGGUGCACUCUCUGCAGCACUCCGGGGAGAAGCCCUUCAGAUGCGAGAACUGCAACGAGCGCUUCCAGUACAAGUACCAGCUGCGGUCCCACAUGAGCAUCCACAUCGGCCACAAGCAGUUCAUGUGCCAGUGGUGUGGCAAGGACUUCAACAUGAAGCAGUACUUUGAUGAGCACAUGAAGACGCACACAGGGGAGAAGCCGUACAUCUGUGAGAUCUGCGGCAAGAGCUUCACCAGCCGGCCCAACAUGAAGCGGCACCGGCGCACGCACACGGGCGAGAAGCCCUACCCCUGCGACGUCUGCGGCCAGCGCUUCCGCUUCUCCAACAUGCUCAAGGCGCACAAGGAGAAAUGUUUCCGCGUCAGCCACCCCCUGGCCGGCGACGGCGCCCCCUCUGCCUCAGGCCUGUCCCCGCCCCAGCCGCCGGCGCACGCACUGCCCCUGCUCCCCGGGCUGCCCCAGACCCUGCCGCCCCCGCCGCACCUACCGCCGCCGCCCCCGCUCUUCCCCACCACUGCCAGCUCCGGCGGGAGGAUGAACGCCAGCAACUAACUGCCCCGCCGCCCACGCGGGACCUGGAGCCCCCCACUGCCCUCGCCUCCGCGUGGGACGGCAGCAGCACUGGCUGGGCCCCGCCACCCCCCACCCCAGAGGUGGCUGGACACACUGCUUGAGGCCCCUGACCCUGGGGGGAUGUGCAGGCUGGCAGCCCCCCAGAGCUGGUGGAGGGAGGACACCACUCUUGAGUGCCCCCCUGCCAGAGACUCCUUGAAGCCUUUACUUUAUUCAGAAGUGAAGGAAAAAGGAAAGAGAGGAAACUAUUUGCAGCACUCCCUCCAGGUGAGGGGGCUGCUGGAGGCGGCAGGUACAGUGGGGAGGGGAGGGGCCUGGGGAGCAGAUGUGACAGGUCGCUCUGCUGAGGCCUCAGCUGGAGGGGGUUGGCCAGGCCGAGCCUGGGUCAGCUUCAGCGGCUCAUCCCUGCCUCCUCUGUGCCCCCAACUUGCCCCCCCAUCCUGGAGGGUUUGGGGAGAGGUUGAGAUGCCAGAACAGAAGUUGGAGGAGUUGUGGACGCAUUCUGAGGGCUGUGGACACUGUGGCAGGGGCUGGAGACUGGAUGCCCCCAGGGGCGUGUUGGGUGGGGAGUGGCCAGGUGUGAAGUGCAGACCCAGCUCUGCGUGUGUGGAGUGGGGCAGGCAGGGGCUGGACCCCAGGCAUUUGCUUUCCCCACCCACAGCCCUGCCAGCAGGCACAGGGAUCCCCGACCUGCAUCAGGCUGCACCGAAGGCCCUGAGUCCUGGAGAGGAUGUCCCCAAGAAGCCUCUGGGCCUCAGGGUGCUGUGGGCCAGGCCCUGGGUGGGCAGACGGGCUGGCUCCCGAAGCACCAGCUCCCAGGACUGCAGUCAAGGAGCCCCUGCACUUGGGUAGACCCCAGAGGCAGGGCCUUAAGGAGGAGGCUUGGGUAACUGUUUUAAGGUUUCAAGGUGCUAUCAGUGGGGCAGGUGGCAGGGCUGCUGUUCAUGGAGCACGCCGUCCCUCACCAGCUGCCCUGGCCGUGUCUCCCACACUCGAGGAGAUAUGUGUGUCUGUGUCCGUCUCUGCUCCCGGAAGGCACCGCCAGGCCUCAUUCUCUCCCUAGGCCUGGCCACAAUCCGCCCCCUGCUGCUGUCCGGCAUCCUUGUCCCUCCUGGGCCUCUGCGCUGGUGGGCGGGGCGCCUGCAGCUAUGUUGGUGAGAGAAGCCUGUGUGUUCAGGCCCCUGGGGUGGGGCGGGGGUACUGGGGGAGUCCCCGCCUGUGCCCAAUGCUUGCCCCCAUGAGGCUGCGCUAAUAGGACACCCUUUUUUGUUGUCAUUUAACAUCUUUAUUCCUGCCUUUGAAAUGGGGAGGAAAGUUCCAUAAGCUACAUGUUUCCUAGUUAAGCUCUUUCCUAUUGUGUUUAUACGGUUUUGUUUGUUAUACUCUUUGCACCUUAACCCCCCACUACUACCCCCUGCACACCACCUUCCCAGCAUGGCUGGAGUGGGAAGAGGCCUGAGCCCAAGGGGGACAGUGGGGAGGACUGGGCCCCAUCAGCCCAAGGGCUGAGGGGGUCGGAACCCCUCUGACCUCCUUGUGAGGCCCAUGGCGCUGGGGCAGGGGGCUGGGGACAUUUUAAUCAUCAAUAAACGAAGCACUUUAUUCUGUACAGAUGUGGGCAGGCCCAAGGAGCCCGAGUGAUUUGAGGAUCUAUAAUUUAAGCCACACAGUCCUGAUUGUUCUUUGGGCUCAGAGGGGCCCUGAUGAGUUUGGGGCUGCAGCAGGAGCAGGACAAGCCAGAGCCUAUAGAACGCACCCUCAGGCGCCCGCGCUGUCCCAUGUGGAGAGAAGGUGGGCCCUGCCCUCAGAGACGAAGGCUCCCUGCUCUGUGUUGGGCUGGGGGGGUUCCAGCCUCUUAUGGGCCCAGGGCUGGGCCUCCCAGGCUCCUGCCUUACUGCAGCUCUUAACCUCCCUCACCCCUUGAUCUCUGGGCUUCCAUGAUAUCCUCAGGGUCCCCCUUCCCCGUUUUCCCCCUCCCCUUGCUGUUUCUAACCUCUGGUUCCAGUGCCUGGUAGCUCUUCAGAGCUGGCUCAUAUUUUCCCCAAAAAAGUUGAUCUCCCCCAAUGGGCUGUAGGCCGGGACCCCUGUGGGUUCCUCAACCCCUGUCACUGAUACCAGAGUCUCCCAUGGGUUAGUGGCCUUGUCACUUCCUAGCCCCACUGUGGCCUUAGCAAGCCUGGGGGACCCUGGCCAGACCAGGCCGGGCCCUUGGUCUGUCAGGCCAGACUUUGACAAGCAGAGGCCAGAGAUGGGUGUGGGGGGCUGGUGAUAAAACCCUGACCCAGGAUUUGUGUUUCCUAGUGUACACUUGCCCUCUGAGGGCAGGAGAGGGGUCCAGACAGCAGGCUGGGCACUGGUCAAAUGGUCUUAUGGCUGUAGAUGGGUACGGCCAACCCCUCUCCUGAGAGGCCCAGGUCUCAGUGGGGACAGGAGCCCUGUGUCCCUGGUGCUAAAUGCUCUCUUCCCCUUGGGCCAGUGUUGGUGGGAGCUCCUUUCUGACCAGACCACAGGGGUCUGAAGCAAUAAUGGAACCUCAGCAGUACCAGUAUGGAGAGGGGUUCUUGUUUUACCAGCUUUUACAUUUCCUUUUUAUUUUUAAAACAAAUUAACAAGCACCUGGAUACAGAGUGAGGGGACAGGGCAUCAGCCCUACUUCCCAGGGCUGGUGGUGGUGGUGGGGGGGGGAGAGGGCGCUCAGGAUCAUCACCUCCCGC